AUGCUCCCACCUCCUCAACUUCUUAAUCAAGUAACCAACUUUAUCCAAGAAAGAGGAAAACCUGCUUAUUAUGGCUUAUUCUUACUAGGAAAAGAAGCCGGUUUACGACCAACUAACCGCUUCUCUUUUGCUCAUUUCUUACAAAAAACUAAAAAGCAACUCAAUAUUUCAGCAAAUAUUGAACUAACCCCCCAUACUUUAAGAAGGUGUUUUGCUACUUAUCAAACUAAUUCCGGAAUGCCUUUACCAGUCUUGCAGAAAAUACCAAAAAAACCACCAAAACCUAUUGAAAACCAACCCCAAGAAUUAAUAAAUGUUCCCGUAAUAAAAAAUCACUGGCACAUUUUUCUUAACAUUCAGCAAGAAACUAAUAUUUUUAUCGAGAAUAAAACAAGAAAUUCCCAGCAAGAACUCUUAACAGCUGAAAACAAACUUUUACAGGAAAAAGUUAAGCAAUUAGAGCAAGAAAAAAGAGAACAAGAACAAAUUAUUAUAAACUUAAAAAAUGAUAAACAAAGACUAGAAAAACAAUUGAUUCAAGUUCAAAGUGAAAAAGAAAGUUUACUAAAACUACUUUCGAGUGAUCUCCAAAUUCAACGGGCAAAUUUAUUUAAUAAAGAACAAAACAACACCCUCGAACUCCAUCAGCAAUUAAUCGCUCAAAUUCAAGUGCUUACUAAAAAUUAA